GUCCCACAAUUUUUACGAUGGUUAGGAGAAUGGUACGAAGAGUUCAGUAAAAAAAGACAAGAACUAUUAGGAGAUAUACAAAAAUCGUGUAAAACCAAAACCUCUACGGACAAAUGUGAUGAUAAUAAUGAAUGCCAAAAUGCAUGUAAGAAAUAUGGAGAUUGGCUCAAACCAAAAGGAAAUGAGUGGCGCGAACAAAAAAGUAAAUAUGCAAAAGAUCAUAAUAACGCAAACGAAUAUUAUGAAGACGAAGAAUUCCUAACUGCAACAAAAGGUCAUACAACAGCGAUUGAAUAUUUAAAAAACAAAUGUAAAAAUUCAUCUGAUUGGAAAUACGACAAAACGAACGUUGAAGAUAUGGACCAAAUAGUAAGAAAAAAAGACGACGAAUAUAGAACAAAUUACGAACCGUUAUGUACACGUUGUCGAAUGAAAGAUAUACAGGAUACAAUAAAACAAAUUAAAGAUAAGAAAUAUACCACGACACUGCAAAAUCCAGAAUCUAAGUUAAUUGUAGAAAAUAUAUGUGAUGAUAAUAAAAAUGUACAUUCUACUAAAGCUAAUAACAAAGAAGAAAUAACGAUUCCUAUUGAACCUGAUGAUUCAGAUAGAAAGAAAAAUAAAGAAA